AAUAAUAUUUUCAUAAAACUAACAAAAUGUUGGGAAAAUUUUCAGAGCAAAUACAAAUAAAUGCACCAAUAAGUGUAGUUUGGAAUCUCUAUGGUACUUUAAAAAUGGCAAAUUUUCUUGUUGAAAAACUCCCAAAUAUUGUUGAAAAAGUUGAUUUAAUUGAAGGCCAUGGAGGAACUGGUUCAGUGCUGCAAGUUAAGCAAAUACAAAUAAAUGCACCAGCAAGUGAAGUUUGGAAUUUAUAUGGUACAAAUAAAUUUCCAAAUUUUGUUGUUGAAAACCUUCCACACAUUGUUGAAAACGUUGAGUUAAUUGAAGGCAAUGGAGGUUCUGGUACACUGGUGAAAGUUAGUUUACCAGGCAAUCCUCCAUAUAAAGAGAAAUUUGUGUUAGUGGAUGAUGAAAAAAGAGUGAAGGAAGUAGAGAUUGUUGAAGGUGGAUUUCUUGAUCUUGGAUUCAAUUUCUAUGGGAUCAAAUUUGAAGUCAUUGAGAAGGAUGAAAAUUCAAGUAUCAUCAAAAUUACAAUUGAUUUUGAGACCAAAGAUAUUGAAAAAAUUCAAUUUACUAUUGGCAACUUCCAAGCCUUAGUUGCCAUCUUGAAGGCUUCUAAAGAUUAUCUUGAGAAAUAAUCUUUUUUGUUGAUAGUAUUAUUAUAGUUUUUUCAUAUUUUUUGUUGUUAUUGGUCUUUCUAGUAAUGUAUUGUAUUAUGAUGGACUUGGAUGUUGUUAUUUUUGGUUAUGAAUAAAGCAAGAUGAGUCCUUCCUUA